AUGUCUAUAUUGUAUUUAUUAUUUAUUAUAAUACUUUUACUAAAUCUUCCCAUCCAUGCCAAAAAAACUAUUCCGGAUGUACUUUAUGAAGAUCAAAGAUUUAGCAAUCUAGUUAGGGCUUUACAACGAACCAUGCUUUUACCCUAUAUUAAUCAUUUAGAAACAGCAACUUUAUUUGCGCCUAUAAAUAAAGCUUUUGAAGAUGACCCUCUUAUUACCAGAGAACGUAUGUUGUAUCAUCUACUUUUUCAAGAAAUUAAAAAAGAAGAACUUCAAAAUGGACAAUUAUUAACUACUCAUUUAUCGGGAGAAAAACUUGGACCUGGUAAUCUUGGGCAAAAAAUCAGAGUUGAUAUUGUUGAUAUUGAAGAAAAGAAUGAUACUCAAAUUUAUGUUGGUAACGGACAAAUCAUAGAUUUUGAUUUGCAAGCUGAUAACGGAAUUAUUCAUGUAGUCACUGAAGUUUUUCGUACUCCUAGAGAUCUAUUUUUUUCCAAUUAUCUUCGUGAUAGAGAAAUAGAUGAUUAUUUGUCAAAUGAAAAUCAUAUUACUAUAUUUGCACCUACAAAUGAUGCUAUAAAUGUUCAAUUACAAUUCCAUGAAAGACAAUAUUUAAUUGGAGAAUGUGGUGGUGGUUUAGAUGAUUUGGAUUUAUUUAUUAAACAUCACUUAAAUUAUGAAGAAGUUUUAUACUCGGAAAAAUUUAAUGUUGGACUUACAAAUGUGAAUACGGUUCAGGGCGAACCAAUCAAAGUUGAGAAAGAUAAACAAGGCGAUAUACGUGUUGCUGAUGGAAGUGUCCCCUUAAAAGAUUUAUUGGCCGAAAACGGAGUUAUUCAUGUCAUUAAUAAUAUUGCAAUACCAAAUGCGCUUCAUUUUACAAAACAUAAAUAUCUUUGUGGUCUGAGAGCGACAAAAUUUGUAAGAGCAAUGAUAAAGUUCGGAUUACAACAUUUUAUUGAAGAUUCAGACACUCCAUAUACAAUAUUGGCACCAAAAGAUGAAUAUUUUGAUGAGAAUUUAAUUAGCAUUGGUAAAGAAACUUUAAUAUAUCAUGUUUUAGAAGGGAAAUAUGUAACAUCAGAUUUAUUCAAUAAUAUGCAUAUCAAGACUGAAUUAAGAACAAAAGAUUUAAAUAAUCAUAGACAAAGAGCUAUCGUUUCCAUAUUACAAAGAUGGUAUGGAGAAGAUGAAACUCAGAGAACCGAACUUCGAUUCAAUGAUGCUAUUGUAGAAGAUCAACCAGUUGAAAUCGGAAAUGCAAUCAUUUACGUUUUAUCAGGAAAAUUGAACCCACCACCACCUAUUAUGAAAAUUCUUGGUAGUGAUGAACGAUUGAAUUCAAUAAAUUUCUUUGUUGCACACAGUAAUAUGAUUUCGAAAGUUAGAUCUGCUAAAGGAUUUACAAUGGUUGCACCAUCAAAAAAAGCCUUUACGGAAUUAGGAUUGAUUAAUUCCUAUUUCUUGCAUAAAGAUGCGAUUGAUGAUUUAAGAUUAGUGUUAUCAAAUCACCUGAUUAAUGAUACAAUGUAUAGUGAAGAAAUACCAGACGGUGAAUCGACCUAUUAUACAUUAGAAGGUGAGCCGAUUACAGUUAAUAAGGUCAAUAAUGAUAUAUUUUUUGAUGGUGCAAAUGGUACAUCUGAAGUAAGUAAAAAAGAUGUAUUAACUUCAUCGGGAGUAUUACAUAUAGUUGAUAAGGUUUUGAUGCCACCAACAUUACAUAUAACAAUAGCUAAAUUGCUUAAAGGAAUUAAUGCUCGUACAUUUUUAAAAAUCGUUAAUGCGGCAAAUUUAACCGAAUUAGUACAAGAUCCAAUAAACCCGUUUACAAUAUUUGUCCCAUCAGAAGAUGCAUUUAGGAAAAUCAAUGUGAGCAAAUUAAUUACAGACGAAGAUUUAGCAGGUAAAUGGGCAAGAAUACACAUAGUGCCAGCAACUAUUGACGAAUUAAAAGAUGGUUACGAAGCACCUACUUUAUUAGCCGAUGAUGUCAAAUUAGUUAUAAAAAAAGAUUUGUUGGGUGGUGAUUAUAAUGUUGAGGUCAAAGGUCAAUGGGUGUCUGCUAAAUUAUUAAUUGGUGGUAAAACUUGGAACGGAGGAGCGGUUUACGAAAUUGAUAAAGUUUUAUUGCCUGAUUUUAAUGGUGAAGAUAUCGGUAGAAUAUUUUUAGCCGUCAUUGUUGGUCUUUUAUUAUCAGGAUUUGUCGGUAUUGGAGGAUUUGGUUGUUUUCAUUUUUGGGAUAUCUGGAAAAGAAGUAGCUACGAAGAAAUCCCAUCUGCAUAA